AUGAACACGAAUCAGGUUUCGGAGUAUGUAGAAACCGAUCCUACUGGUCGAUAUGGACGUUUUGAAGAAGUUCUUGGAAGGGGAGCGAUGAAGACGGUGUACAAAGCAAUCGACGAGAAGCGUGGAAUAGAAGUAGCGUGGAGCCAGGUGAAGCUAAAAGAGGUUCUCCGUUCCUCUGUUGAUCUGCAGAGGCUCUACUCUGAGGUUCAUCUUCUCAGCACUCUCAAACACAAAUCCAUCAUUCGUUUCUACACUUCCUGGAUUGAUGUUGAUUCCCAUACUCUCAACUUCAUCACCGAGUUGUUCACUUCUGGCACCCUCCGACAAUACAAAAACAAGUACCUGCGAAUAGAUAUCCGAGCAAUCAAGUCAUGGGCUCGGCAGAUCUUGGAAGGGCUUAUUUAUCUCCACGAGCAUGACCCUCCUGUUAUCCACAGAGACCUCAAGUGUGAUAAUAUCUUUGUGAAUGGGCAUCUUGGACAAGUCAAAAUUGGCGAUCUUGGUCUUGCAAGAAUGCUCCGGGACGACCGCUCUGCCCAUAGUGUCCUCGGCACUCCCGAGUUCAUGGCUCCAGAACUAUAUGAGGAGAACUAUAAUGAGCUCAUUGACGUUUACUCCUUUGGUAUGUGUUUUUUGGAGAUGAUCACCUCUGAGUUCCCGUAUAGUGAGUGCAACAGUCGGGUGCACGUUUACAAGAAAGUGGUUUCGGGAACGCUACCAGAAGCCUUUUAUAGAAUUCAAGACAUUGAGGCACAGAAGUUUAUCAGGAAAUGCCUCAAGCCUGCCUCACAGAGAGUGUCAGCAAGAGAACUAUUGCAAGAUCCAUUCCUCUCCUCUGACGAUUCAUGGAUGGUGUACGUAAGAGUGGCUGAGAAUCCAAAGCCCUUCUUGAAUGAGAAUGAAAUGGACAGACUGAAGUUGGAAGAUGAUGAGUUAGGAAGGACUCGUAUGACCAUCACUGGGAGGCUGAACGCUGAAGAUAACAACACAAUCUUGCUGGAAGUUGUAAUCCUAGAUGAAAUUGGUAAAAGGGACUUAGUGGAGUUCCGCUUUGGAAUCAUGAAUGAUACUUCCAUUGAUGUUGCAAAGGAGAUGGUAAAAGAACUCGAGAUCACAGAUUGGGAUCCAGUUGAGAUUGCUGAAAUGAUUGAUGGAGAGAUCUCUUCUUUGUUGCAUGAAGGUGAUGAAACUCCUCAUGACUAUCAUUCUUCAUCCUCAUCCUCUCAAGCUUCCCUCUUUAACUAUAUGCCACGUGGCCGUCAAGAUUGGCUACAAGAUGAUGAGACACAUUCUGAAAGCUCUUCCAAUUCAGGGUCUUACUCCAACCUCAACUACAUAUCUGUUGAUGAGAUCAGCAGUUCCCAACCUCCUGCUAUGAACAGAACUCACAACGUGACGAGGUUUGCCCCCGAACAAAGCUAUCAUCGACGUUCUAGCAUGUCUGAAGCUUCCAGUUCGAGUAACAACUGCACAUUUCCAAGGAACCUCUCGCUUGUAGACGUGCAGAGGUCGAUGGCGGAAGAGGCUAGAAAAAGAAGGUUGAUCAGAACUGUUGGAGACGUGGAAACUGUUGGGUUUCAAUCACCUUAUGCUGUUUCCCGGAAGCCGAGCUCGAGGCGCUAAGCUUCUUUCUCCCCUAGUUUGAUAAUACUGUAAAUUCUUCUUAUUCAUGUAAUAUUAUGUAAGUUAGUGUGAAAAAACAAACUUGCAGCUGCAAAAAAAAAUAUAAAAAGGUUACACGUGUGUUUUGAUAAAGUUGUGCAGAAAGGGAAGAUUUUCC